AUUUGCUUCUGAGUUAUCAUUUCGAACAGAAUAUGUAAACUUCAUUUUGUUUUUAUAGAAAAGUCAAUGAUCAUGUGGUCCUGUAAAACCAUGGAGGAACCCCAGCCGCGCCACAAGCCGCACUUGGCUGCUUGGGCGGUGUUGCUCUAGCUCACGUACAACGCGCAGCGCUCACGCAUACAUCGUAUACGCGUAGGGCCUACAUGGGUUUUGCAAAUGACCUGAGGGCGCCUUGUCAUCGGAAAAGAGGAUUUUUAGUUCACUGACAUCACAUGACACCCGCCUAGUGCAUAAACACUGUGAUGAGACCUUUGUUUGAAUGAUUAUUCAGAGCCAGCAGUAACCGAAACUGCUUUGCAGAGAUGGCCACAGCAUUCAGCAGUGAUGGCUCAGAAAUCAUCCAGAGGUCGAUUGAGGUCAGUGCCAUACAGGCAUCACUUGAAGCUGACCUUCCCUCUGCAUAUGAAAUACCUCGGUGUGUGGAUUUUAUCAGGAAGAAUGGCUAUUCCAAGGUUGCAUUGCAGUUUCCUGAUGAACUCCUUCCAGAUUCGUCUUCCAUCGUCAAGCUUCUUCAGCAGGAGACAAGUGCUACCGUCUUCAUUCUUGCAGAUACUUCGUAUGGAAGCUGCUGUGUGGACGAGAUUGCUGCUCAGCAUGCCAACGCAGACAGCAUCAUCCAUUUCGGCAGGGCUUGUCUCAGCCCGACGUCACGCCUCCCCGUCCUCUACGUCUUUGGCCGGAGACCCAUCGAUGAAGACCACUGCUGCGAAAUCUUCCAGGAAUUCUUUGGGGACAGCUCCAAGCCAGUUGUAGUCAUGUAUGAUGUUGUAUACGCACACUGCGUAGAUUCUCUUGCAAGGAGACUGAUGGAAGUCCUGCCAGUCGUUGUCGUAUCAAGGAUUGUGGAUCCGGCAAUCGAUCUUGGCAGAAAUACAUUAAAUCUAAACAACAGUAGGACUAGCAGUGGAGGCGAUGACGAUGAUGGAACAGAUGUUGAUUUAGCCCUUCUGUCCAUGUCGAACACAUUCUGCCAGUUUGGCCGGCGAUUCACAAUUGGCUGUGAACACGCGCUCGAGGACUACGCAGUGUUUUACGUCGGCGCUCAAACCACGACGCUUACCAACCUCAUGAUGACCUACAACAGGUGUCCGUUCUUCACCUACGAUCCCGAGCAACGGCGGAGCCAUCGCGAGACACUGAACGUCAACCGGGCGCUCAUGAAACGCUACUAUCUGAUUGAGAGGGCACGGGAUGCGAAUGUAGUGGGCAUCGUCGCGGGGACACUCGGUGUGAGGGACUACCUGACCGUCAUAAACCAACUCAAAACCCUCCUAAAGAAGGCAGGCAAGAAGACCUACACAUUUGUGGUGGGGAAACUCAAUGUGGCCAAGCUUGCCAACUUCAUGGAGGUGGACAUCUACGUGCUCGUCUCCUGCCCAGAGAACAGUCUCAUCGAUUCGUCCGAGUUCUACAAGCCUGUUGUCACACCAUUUGAGAUGGAAAUUGCUUGCAACAGAGCCCGAGAAUGGACCGGAGAAUAUGUAACAGACUUCAGACAGAUUCUACCAGGAGCAGCCAAGCAUGUAGAGCUCCCCUCCAGUGACUCAGAAGAGCGAGAAGUGCCCACCGACAUCUCCUUGGUAACGGGCAAACUGAGGUCCCUUGGGAGAACGGAGGAAGCGUCUGAUGUGACUGCGUCCGACGCCUUAGUCAGACGGGACAAAAUGAUGACGGUGGGCACAGUGCAUGCCAAUGCCAGCGAGUUCUUGGCGGGGAGGUCCUGGCAGGGGUUGGAGCAGCAGCUGGGCCAGACGCCCGUUGCCAAGGCCGUGGAGGGCAGGUUGGGCAUAGCAGCCAGCUACAGCGGGGAGUCUACAGGCUAAGGAAGAUCACCAGUGCGUGGCAGGGUUCUGAUUUCUCAGGAUUUUUUUUUUUUUUCGGCAUUUCAGAAAUUCCGGGUUUUGAGAAUUCAGUCAUGCGGGGCCUUGCUACUUCUGUGCACAUUUGGAAAAGAUGACUAUUGGAGCUCCGUAGGACCUCUGCUCAAGGGGCAAAAUUCACUGAACUAAAUCGAGAGCCAGUGGCAAAUCCCAGGUUUGGCGAACAUCAUGUAGCUUUGUCACAAAGGUUGAGAGCAUGGAUCAACUACUCCACACAGCGCGCUCUUCUGACAGUGACAACCAGACCGUUAAAUUUGCAACCCCAAAAUAUGUCACCUUAAAAUAUAAUAUGCUCUACAGACUGCUAAGACUGAUAUCAGACGCAUUUGAGUGGCAAAUAAACAAGUUCAUAAAUCA